CUUAAUUCUAAAAUAAUUGUAACUUAAAAACAAACUAAAUAGAAAGUGGAUAUUAUUCUUAACUACAAAAACUAUUUUGUCUCAGAUGAUGAAGUGCUAAGAGAAAGUUCUGAUCGCAAGACAGCUAAGGCUAUCGGCAUUAUGGCUGGUGGUGCAGCUAUUAUAUUUUUGGCAGUAGGAUUAUGUUUCUUGUGGAGGAAGAAAAAAUUGCAGUUUCUAUUGAAUUUGAAAGGGAAGCAUGAAAAAAGAGGUUCAUUAGAAAAAAGUCAGGAUUUGCUUAUAACUGAUGGAGUGUUUACAAGUAAUAGAGAACAAUCAAAUGAAAAUAACAUGGAUGAUCUAGAAUUGCCGUUCUUCGAUUUUAAUACCAUAACUAUGGCUACAAACAAUUUCUCUGAACAAAAUAAACUUGGACAAGGAGGCUUCGGUAUUGUUUACAAAGGUAGGUUGUUGGAAGGUCAAGAUAUUGCGGUAAAGAGAUUAUCAAAAAAUUCUGGCCAAGGUGUUGAAGAAUUUAAAAAUGAGGUAAAGUUGAUUGUUAAGCUUCAACAUCGAAACCUUGUUCGACUACUUGGUUGCAGCUUUGAGAUAGAUGAAAAGGUUCUAGUUUAUGAGUACAUGGAAAAUAGAAGCCUUGAUGCUAUUUUGUUCGACAAAGCUAAAAGAUCCUCGCUAGACUGGCAAACACGCUUCAACAUUAUAUGUGGAAUAGCUAGAGGACUUCUUUACCUUCACCAAGAUUCUAGAUUUAGGAUCAUCCAUAGAGAUCUUAAGGCAAGCAACAUUUUACUUGACCGAGAAAUGAAUCCAAAGAUAUCAGAUUUUGGGAUGGCUAGAAUUUUUGGCACGGAUCAGACGGAGGCAAAUACAGUUAGAGUCGUUGGAACAUAUGGCUAUAUGUCGCCUGAAUAUGCUAUGGAUGGAAUCUUCUCCGUGAAAUCUGAUGUUUUUAGUUUCGGUGUUCUUGUGAUGGAGAUCAUAAGUGGAACAAAGAACCGAGGUUUCUAUUCCGCAAACAAAGAAUUGAAUCUUCUCGGUCAUAGUUGGAAGCUUUGGAAAGAAGGAAAAGCUUUGGAACUGAUUGAUUCUUCCAUUGGUAAUUCAUAUUCACCUUCUGUGGUUCAUAGAUGCAUACAAGUUGGGCUAUUAUGCGUACAAGAGCGAGCAGAAGAUAGACCAACAAUGUCUUCAGUGGUGUUGAUGUUGAGUAGUGAAACAGCGACAAUAGCAGAGCCGAAAAAUCCUGGAUUUUGCCUAGGAAGCAAUCCUAUUGAAACUGAUUCUUCUUCAAGUAAAAAAGAUGAAUCUUGCACAGUGAACCAAGUUACCUGCACAAUGGUAGAUGGCAGAUAGUGGAAGGCAACUUGUGAUUUGAAUUUUAAUUCAUAGGAUUGGUAGUGAUAUUUUGCAUACAUAGAAAAGAAAUUUACUUGACUUUCAAUUUUUUAGAGUAAAAUUAAAAUGAGAAAGUUAAAGAUUCAUUACAAAUGUAAAAGGUUGAUUUAUAAGAAAUUCUUUGUAUGUAUAUCGUAUUGUUAUUUUUAUCUUUA